AUGGCAACCUUCCUGGCAGUUUCCCGUCGAGGAGGAAGCCUCGCCGAGCCCGCCAAGGAGACUCUUGGCUUCCACCCGACACCCGGCAGCUACGGAAUUGGAGGAAGCAGCAGCAGCCGCAGUGGACACUGCUACCGCAAAUCUUCGGAGUUCUUGGCCACCGUCUUUGUGGCUGCUUGGUCGAGACGGAGGAGUAGGCUGCCCCGCAGCGCGAAGGAGGAGGUGCGAGUGAAGGAGACGGAGGAGCAGGUGCUGGACUAUGAUGUCCCUUCUAGGGAAGAGUUGGAGAAGCAGCAAAUCGAACUGCUAGAGGCCACAGGUGCCCUGGACCUGCAGCGAAAAGAGGAGGCUUAUCAAGAGAGGCGCAAAUGGAGAGUACAGAAUCCUUCCCCGCUGGACAAGUGGCAGCAGGAGAUGGAAGAGGUUCGAAACGACACGGAGCGGCGCAUGCUCUGGGGCGAUCUGCAGAAGAAAUCUGGUGGGUAUAAGCGCUAUCGCGGUAAGAAGGUCGGUGAGGAGGAGGGCAAAAUGAAGUUCAAUCGCGGCUUCCCACUAGAGGACACAGAGGAACAAGAGCGGACAGACCAGGAAAGAGACAGGAAGUGGCUGGAGAUGUGGCGCUCGACAUGGCCAGAGGGCCAUGCACUUGAUCCCCACGAUCCGGAGUCCUUCGGCUUUGCUUUCGUGGGAGAGGUGACGGGGGCACAUGGAGUUCACGGAGACGUCCGCGUACGUGCAGACGACUUCCUGUGCGACCAAGGUUACGAUCCGGCCACACACCUCGCCCGCCGAAACUUCUCAAACUUCACGGAAGACUCGAAGCGGGUGCACCUGAAAGCACCCCACCGCCGUUUUCCACGACCCUUCAGGAUCCUGACCGGCAAGCGUGUUCAACGGCGAGUUUUCGCAUUGCGGCUGCACGGUGUAGAGUCGCCCGAGGAGGCCGUAGCCUUGCGGGGCUACAAAGUCUACGUGUUGGAGCCACCACCGACGGCACAGGAGAAGGUCAAGGAGCAAGAGGAAAGGGGCCUCGAUCUGUACGAUGCAGGGACGACCACCUUCCACACCAGCGACGCACUGGGCCUGAUCAGCUCCAGGUGUGUCAUGGUCACUGGCCAGGUCACCGAUGAGGUCCUGGGCGAGUUUGCGGCAGCUGAGACUGCAGAUGAAGCCAAGGAGGUCCUUUCUCAGGCAGGUGCUGGCCUCCAGCACUUCGGCGAUGUCUCUGCCGUGGUGCCGGACUACAAGAUCGCACGACGGCAUCGGGGCCGAAAGGCAGCACACGACCUGCUGGACAUCACAUUGAUAAACGAGGUGCAGGGAGGCGAGGGCCAGUAUUUGUACGAGCCUGAUCCGGAGUCCCCCACGGGCCAGGCACUCCAGAUGGACCGCUGGAGGACCGCAGACCCCAACUUCGAACGGGUCGUCUACGUACCGUUCGUGCCAGACACCAUUGCACGCGUGGAUGCGGACAGGACAGGGAGCACGGUCUACUUUAGAUUGCCCGAGGACUUCAUUGAGAAGACGGCCUUCACCUGCCGAAAGCGUAUUGUGGACGAGCGUGGACUUCUCGUCAUCCCUCGCGGACCUUUCGUCAAGGCACUUCUGCCUCCGGAAGGCAAGUCCCAUGCACUCCGUCGCCGCGAUGGAAAGCGCCUGCCACUUCACGGCACCGCCCCGGCCGCACCCGCUGAUAUGCUGCAGCCGGCUGGGCAGGUUUACGCAGAGACGAGCCCUGGGGUUCCAAAGCCACCAAUCCACAGGCCUUUUGGCGGUUUGGACCGUCUGGACAGCGCCAAGAACCGAUUCAAGCGCUACUUCAAGGAGUCCAGCCGCUUUGUGGUGCCCCUGGACCUCCAAGACCGCGAGUCAGCAGGCGACGAAGCGAGCGACGAGCCAAGUGAAGACGAAGACAACUGA